CUCUAUAAACUAAAAUAAACCAAUAGCCAAGCCAACUCGAAAUUCGGGGUUAAAAGCUCUCGUAUUCUGUUUUUUUAUAUUCUGAUAGGCAAGUAUUUUAUUUAUAAUCCUGGAAUAAGAUAAAGAUAAUCUUAGAAGUAAAUGUAGUAAUAUUUUAAAAUAAAACUUCAAAUUAUUCAAUUCGUUUGUUAAAAACUUUAGCUUAAAUUCCUAAUAAGAAUGCAUUAUGGUAAUAAUCCAGAAUAAACGAAUCCAGAAGUUUUAUAAGGAAUAGAAUAAUUGAAAUGGAAGGAAGAAGUAUGAAAUGUGAAUACGAUAAUUUUGAAAGUGCACUUGGCAAUCCUACUGCAGAUGAAGAUGACGACGAAUAUGAUGAGGAGGAAGUUCUAGUUCAUGUUCAAUUUGACUGUGAUGUUGACACUAAACUUUUCAACUCUGAAGAGCCAAAAAUCAUAGGAUUAGACACUGAAAAUCCUAUAAUGCAAAUGGGCCCACAGUUCUAUAGAGGAAAAUGGCAAGACAUCGUAGGUACAUCAGUUUUCUUCGCGCCAGGGUCUGAUCCACCAGCCAUCGAUCCUUUGUUCUCGAGAGUGAAAACUCCUCUUAUGAAAUUAACCCAUCACACACGCAAAUCUCUUCUCAUGUCAAGAGUUUUUGUCAAGCCAAUUACUGGGCAAAAUCCUGACCAAGUCACACCCGAGUGUGGAACCGAUAGGACAAAUGAAUGUGAGACUGACAGAACUAUAAUUAAUUGUGCAAAAACUGGUACCGAAGAUACUAGUGAAAUGGAAAUAGAAACUUCAGCUGUGACAAGUGAUCAGGCUCAUAUUGAAACAACCAAGACGUGAUUUUGAGUUGAGACUCUUGAAAUGGGUGGCUGAGAAGUUUCUCAAAGUCUUGAGGUAACUAUGAAAGUAUCCUUCUAGUUGUUUAUAAAAUGUUGUUAGUGUUAAUGUGGUUAGCUUUCUUCUUAUAUAUAAUUUUGUUUCGACUUAGAUUCUGCUCCAAGAAGCAAACGGCAAGUCAUUUAAAUAUUUUGUAAAUACAUCACUGAUCAUGUCAGGGGUCUUCAUCUUAAGAGAUGAAUGGAAAAAAUGUCUGGAGAAUGGCAUUCCAAAGGAUAUAGCAAGUAAGGAAAGGAAAUAACGCUUCGGAUUAUUUGGAAUUAUUCUAUCAAAAUAUUGUGGUUUUCAGACUAUCUUUUUACAGCUUAUCGAAUAUAACUUGCCAUCUAUUGAUUUUUGUAAAUAAAUUUAAUUCGUAAUUUCUCCAAGUCAGUAUCUUUAUUUUUGUCAUAAAGCUCUACUCUAAACCUAAUGUGUACCACAGUCCGCAGAUUAAAUAAGUAUUUACUUCCUU